GUUUGGUAUUUGUACAUUCAAUAUGGUUGCAUUCUUUGUUUGACAAAACUUAACCUUAAGUGGUUUGUUCGCGAUCAGUACUCUACGGAUACUUGUAAAGUGUUUCCUUUCUGGUUUAGAUCUAAUUUAUUAUUAUAGCAAUGUCGACACCUUGGGCAAAAAUUCAGCCACUAGAAGGUCCAGUUAAUCUGUUAGAGAUAACUUCGGAGCAGCUAGCUAAUAGUUUGCAAGAAAAAGAAAUAAGGAAGUACCAAGUGGAAUCAGUGAAUGAUGUAAAUAUACAAGACUGUGCAUUAUUUGAAACCAAUGACACUGACAGUGAUGAAGUGAUUGCACAUAUGAUGCAAGAUCAAUACAACAAAGAAUAUGACCUUAUGAUAAAACGCACAGAAGAAAAAUUUAAUCGAGAUUCUAAAGUUAAUAUUUCUUACACAAACUAUCGAACAUCUGUGUCCAAUGAUCAGGAUGACAAAGAUAAUACAGACAUUGAGGAUGCAAAAAGGGAUUUUGAUCGUUUUGUGAGCAUAGAGAAGGAGUAUGCUUCAAUUCCACGCUGUGGUUAUAAAAAAAUGGGUGAAGGUUCUCAAAUUGUCACAAAACAUGACAUGCUAAUGACCUCACGGAUAAAUGCCUGUAGAGUACUGCAGUUCCCCCCUGGUAUUGAUACUGGAGAUACAGGAGGAUUUGAUGUCAAAUUAAAUAACAAAGUGUUCAACAGCUUACGAGCACAUAGUCAUGCUCAGUGUUCCAGACAAAAAGCAAAAACACGACCACAUACAAAGUAG